UUCCACUCUCAUACCCAGUAACAAGCCUUCAGAGAAACAUUUCCCUAUCCAAUUCUCUCAAAUCCUAAGUCUCUCCUUCAGUCCUCUCUCUUCUCAGUCAUGGCAAACAAUGCAAAAUUGUUAGAGCCUCUCACUGUUGGCAAAGUAAUUGGAGAUGUUCUUGAUUCAUUUUCUCCAACAGUAAAGAUGACUGUGACUUACAACUCCAACAAGCAAGUCUACAAUGGCCACGAGUUCUAUCCUUCCUCUGUAACCACUAAACCUAGGGUCGAGGUUCAGGGAGGUGAUAUGAGAACUUUCUUUACACUGGUUAUGACAGACCCAGAUGCUCCUGGCCCUAGUGAUCCAUAUCUGAUGGAGCACCUGCACUGGAUAGUGACGGACAUCCCAGGAACAACAGAUGCUACGUUCGGAAGAGAGGUGGUGAGCUAUGAGAUACCAAGGCCUACCAUUGGGAUCCACAGGUUUGUGUUUGUUCUCUUCAAGCAGAAACGAAGACAAACAAUCACUCCACCUGCUUCAAGGGACCACUUCAGCACUCGAAAGUUCGCAGAGGAGAAUGAUCUGGGGCUUCCUGUGGCUGCUGUCUUCUUCAAUGCCCAAAGAGAAACAGCUGCGAGAAGACGUUGAAGCAGAAUCAAGUGAGCGCCCUUUGGACCAUGCUACUGCAACAAAUCCACUAGAAAGUUGCUACAAUAAACUACUGUGUUUGCCCAAAUCAAAAUGAUCCCCCCUUAGCUAGAACUAUAACUAGAAGCCUAGAACAAUAACGUAUAGAAGGAGCAAUGGAGGAUGUCUAUCCUAUAAUUUUUAGCUUUUUUUUUUUCUUUUUCUAGGGUUGUAUGGUUGUGUUGUCAAUGUGACUGUACUUCUUGCUGUUUUCCAGUACGAUACUGUUUUGAAUUGAGGUACUAAUUAAGUAAAUGGGUGUUAUUUAAGUA